CUCUGCCACACACGUUCCUAUGAAUGAGCAAUUGAAGACAGUCUGUGAAAAGUUAGACCAAUUGACCGUCGAGUACAUUCAAGAAGCAGAUGCAGUUUCGAAGCUGAAAGAGACUCUAGGGAAGGAGAUCGCGAAGGGAUUCUUCGAUUUGGGACAAGCUAAGUACUCAAUGGGAACCAGCAAGCUGUCCCGAUACUCAUACGACGAACGCAUGAAAAGCUUAUAUAAAAUUCAAGUUGACGAACAAGGCGAAAAUGGCAAUGAUAUCUUUUCCAUAAGCAACGUUGAAUUCAAAGACGAAAAUGAUGGAGAGGAAACUGGUCAAAUUAAGGAUGAGGUGACGGAAAAGCUGAGCAAUCUGUCUUUAAGGCAACGUAAGCCGGCGCAUGAUACCCCUGAAAAAGAGCAAUUGGAAACGAAAGGCGAAAAGGAAACCACCGAGGAAACGAAACCAAAAACCAAGUCAAAAAAUAAAAAGACGAAAGAGGUGCGAAAAAUUGACCGCAACCCCUUACAUUGGUUUGGUAUACUCGUACCAUCGUCUCUACGAACAACACAGCAACACUUCAAAACCGUUGUAACACAAAUUGUGGAGGAGGCCAAUCUUGUAAACAGGUUAUCAGUCCUCGAGAAGCGUUUUGAAGAGCUACAAAAGGAAAAGGAACGAAUAUUAUGCGAAGUGUUAGAUUCUGCUAAACAGCCCUCGCAGCCUUGUUCAGUUCUUGGAAAGGAUGUAGAGAGCAACGGCUACGAAAGCGAGCCCGGACAUGAAAGUGAGAACGAACUGGAUCAAGUCGUUCCUGAAAUAGAUGCGUCGGACACCGCAUGAAUACAAAAAAUUGAUUCACCUUUUGCACCCUUUAAUCGUAUCAAACUCUUUUCGUAUAAACAUCUGCACAUUCCUCAGCGUUUACUUCAAUGGCCUUUCUUUUAC